AUGCCUUCCGCUGUGUCAAACCAAGACACACAUAAUGCCUCUCAUCGGCGCCAGUCAUCGCGGUCGCAAACAAACCUGGCCGAUCUGAACAUAAACUCUCCAUCGCAAGUGCAGACCCCGGACCGAUCUUUGGCAUUUCUCCCCUCCACAACAUACACACACCCACAGCCUGCAGUCCAGCGCUCCAGAACCCCUUCGGCACCGAAUGCUUCGAAUCCAAACGGGAAAUCCGAUAAAGCUCGGGACGAAGCCGCUUCGCUUGAUCCCCAUGAGUUCUACAGGCAGUAUCAAGAUCCCUUCUCAGGUUCCUCUCCGGCUGCCCUACACCAAGAAGCCAUCCGUACCACAACCUUCGAGACUGAGGACGAUACUCCUGCUACUGGACGAAAGUCUAGCUUUGCCUCGAGCCAAUCCAACGAUGACCGCAGCACACGCUCCGGCCGAGAUUCUUUGGGUUCGCGCAAGCUGUCUCUGAAUACCCAGCAUCACCCAAAUACAUCUUGGAGUACCAAUCAGGCUGCAACUUCUCCUUCGGUGCCGAAUGCUUUCAGGGCGAGGAAGGCAUCUUUCAAGGACCUAGUGGCACGCUUCGAUGCAUCAUCCGAAGAAGUUCCGCCAUUACCCACCCACCCAAUCCUCCGGCCAGGAUCAAGCACUGCCAGCCCUUCACCUUACACCCCUAUGGGCACAGUGCGCUCCUAUGGGAACGGUCUACGAGCAGGGCCGAGAACGCAUGAAUCGCGAAGAGCUGGGAAUGCAUCUUUGCCAGGAAUGAGCACUCAGAACAACGACAAGAUCAGUCACCAGAGUACGAAGUCGACGUCGGGGCGUUUGACGCAGGUGACGAGCAACCCGGAAGUCCCAGGAGCCAGUCGCAAGUUACUAUUUGGAGAGGUUGUUCCAACAGCCUCCACAUUGCCAGCGGCAGGGUACGGCAUAAUCACUGCCCACCGACGACGUGGUUCAGAAGGUUCUCCUUUGCAUAGUCCGAAUCCAAUGCCUCCCAACGACCGUGAAGUUCCCGCACAAGGAGGUUCUAGGUUAUAUGGGCAAGUACCAGGUCAAUCUAACACCGAGCUUCAAACUUCUCGGGCUGCGAUUCCUCAACACCGUCGAGCCAACAGUGAUUUUGCGGGGCCGCCAGCCAGGACAAUGUACCUGAAAGGGCAGACUGCGUCUCCAGUGAACCUUACAGGCGGAAGAGAACAACCAAGUGCGCAAUCACGGAUCCCGAUUAGUACUCGGCAUCAGCGUAUAGCUUCUGAUUCGGCUGCGUCGUCUCCCAUUGAUCGUCUUGGGUCCACCUCUCAACUCCCUCUACGCUUACACGAGGCUGGACAAUCGAUGGCAAAGCCUCCACCAUCAGAGGGCCACAAGUCUUCCAGUCCAGGGCGCCGACCACGCUCUCCUGCCAAGAUUAAAAGUCCUGGAAAACGUGGUCGGGGUAUGCCAGGUACCCCUGGCAACAAGAGUCCUUCCCUUCGAGCCAACAUCAUCGCGCCGCCUCCAAAGAUAUCGCCGCCUUUGAGAAGCUCGAGGCCACGAUUGCCGGUGUCCGCUGCGACUACUGCAGCGUCUCGUGCGAAGAUGGCCGAAAAGUUCGAAAUCAUGGCUAAACAACAAACUGACAAGAAAGCGUUCCGACGCCAGAGACCACCUGAACUUACAGACAUUGACCUGAAAGCUCGACGACUGAGGAUCACUCAAGCACUGAGUAGGUCAAAAGAAGGGGAAGAUCUGAAUGAUCGAAAAGGCGGAGUACGUGGCAGCUCAACAAGCCGGACAAAUAGCAUGUCGGCAUCUGUUGAAGGGGCCGACAAACUCGACAAGGUUAUCAGUGGGCAACAAGAAAUCCCCGCCGUCGUGGUCAAUAAUCCAGCCAUGGACACAUCCGAGGAAGACGCCUUCUAUGCAUCUGGCAAUCGGCCUGCACAAGAGCAGCGUGCCUUUACUCUGAAUGCCUUGAAAGUUGUCGAAGGCAACAGUCGGCAUCCUGGCGACGACAUGGACUCUCCAACACUGGGACGUGCCGAAACGACCCUCGAUGACAUACCGUUUAGCCUUGAUACUCAUCUGUUGCCGCCUGUUCAAUCUGAGCAGGACCCUUACUCUGCCGUCACCCAAGGAACUGAGAAGACAGACGCUACCGACGCAACUAUGAUUGACAUGGAACCGGAAGAGGGUUUACGGGCUGAGAACCGGGGGCAGUCUCUUCUUGAUCAGAUAAGCACCCUUCGCAGCCAGACCUCGAGCCCACCAUUAGCCCUGGGUGCACGUGCUUCUAGUCGACAAUCCGAUCAUGCUGAUGAAAUGUCGGUCAAUCUCAUGCUUCGCGAGACCACUUACCUUGAUGACGAAGAAGCCGCCGAGAAGGGAUAUCGGCCGUUUCUUUCGACAAUGGAUGCUGUGCUAGAGCGCCGCAGCAGCACCGGACGAAGCUCGUGGGCAUCAUCAAUCGGCAACCAGCACGAGGCGGAAGCCGAUCAGACGCCGGCAGCUGACGCCAAUCUGGCACCUUCGGACGUCCAAGGAGAGCGAAGCGUAGAUAGAGCGUCCUCUUCCUUGUCUGAUCAUUCCAGCAUUGAGGAUGACUCUGGUGGUGAGACCGAGGCAUAUGACACCUACACAAUAGUGAAUAUCGUUCUACAACAACAAACGCCUUCGGGCGUUGUCGACCAGCAGCUGGUGGAUGGUAUUUAUCAUCGUAUCAUCCAAGCUUCACCAGACCUGGCUGAUGCCGAGCACGUGGAUGCAGCCAAAGUGAGGCGCUUGUGCCUGCAGGAACUGGAAGAUUAUCACAGUCACUGGGAGCUGAGCGAGGACUCUCGGUCCCAUUCAGAGCAGGGUCACAUGGACCAGUCUGGCGAAGCGGAGGGUGAACUCACUGAUGGCAAGGGUGACAAUGCCGGCAACAUGACGGGAAUUUCAGUUCAGAGUCACGCAGCUUCUACUACUGCACAUCCCCCACAAAGUUAUCGAACCCACAAAUACAAAUCCAGCUUGGACAGUGCGGCAGACUUUGCAGACACCUCGCCCUCGGUCGGGAAUUGGCUACAGUUUGCUCUUCACUCGCCGGAUGGGACUCAAACGCAAGGCCUAGCACCUUCGAUCGUCCGAGAAAGAGAUGACUCUGAUAAGCCGACCUCCACCGACGUGCAUCAGGACCAGAAUGACCGAAGGGAUGGUGAGGUGGGAAGUGGAGUUAGCAGGCUGCCAGUAGAGGACAGUGUGGACAUCCCACGGCCUCCUUCUCAUUCACCGCCACCCCCUCCAGUUGCCGCAAUGCCUUCAAUCGAGCAGAUCUCCACUUCCAGUCAGCCCGGAAUCAGGCCGGCGACAUCCCAAACAGUGCCGCUUCCGAGGCCCCUCACUGCAAUGUCUCAGGUAUCAGUUCGGUCGAGCUCAGAGCCUCAGCUGGUGCCAUCUGGUUCCAGCGGCACAAGACCAUCUGUCGAGGAGAACACUCCCGAACAACGCCGUCUAAACAAGAGGCGACACAUACUCAAAGAGUUGGUAGAUACAGAAUACACGUACGAGCGAGACAUGAGAGUACUGUGCGACAUCUACAAACAGACCGCUGUUGCGGCCAUCAGUGACGAAGACACCAAGAUCAUCUUUGGAAACGUGGAACAUGUCCAACAGUUUUCAAAGGAUUUCCUGGGGCUUCUGAAACAGGUGGUAAAACCAGCCUAUGUCAUGGAGAGGAGCGAUCGUCGAAAGGACGCCAAUCGCAUUUCCACCGUGCAAAGCUCAAGUGCAUCGAUCAGCAGUGUCAUGGCGGACAUGACGGAUGCGGAAAAGGAUGAACACACCAGAGUUGGCCAGGCUUUUGAAGCUUCAAUGAGCGACAUGGAAAAGGUUUACACAGAAUACAUUCGGACGCGCCAUGCGGCAAACAAAAGACUGGAAGCUUUGCAGUCAUCAUCUGCAGUCCGAGAAUGGCUCAAGGAAUGCAGCGAGAACUCGACCGACAUCACUAAUGCUUGGAGUCUGGAUGCUCUCCUGGUCAAGCCGAUCCAACGUAUCACAAAGUACCCUCUUCUGUUGAACCAGCUCCUGGAGUCGACUCCGGAUACCCACCCGGACGCAAGCUUUCUUCGUCGAGCUGCCGUCGAAAUUACUGAAGUCAAUGUGCGGAUCAACGAGGUCAAAAAGCAUACCGAACUGGUCGAUCAAGUUCUCAACCGCAAGCGAAAAGAGUCGGAUGUCCGCAACGGUCUCACCAAAGCAUUCGGUCGACGGGCAGAGAAAUUGAGACAGCAUGUGGGGAUCAACGAAAUGUACGAGGACCAGGAAUACACUGAACUGAAGGUCAAGUAUGAUAACAACAUAGCUCAUUUAUACCUGGUCGCCCGAGACUGUCAGCUGUACAUUGAAGCCAUCAAGAAAUUUGUUGGCGACAUGUGCGAUCUCGCCGCAGCGGCGGAAGCAUGGGUCGAUGUUGGGCAUACCAGCUACCCGCAAGCCGAGAGCAAGCUCCGCCAACUCGCCAUUGUCAUCCGUGGAAUCAAUUCCAUAGGACUUCCGGAUCAUGUCAACCAGGUCACAAGACGGGUCCUGGAGCCGAUGCAGAAGACGGCUGACAUGCUUGUUAAGUUCAAGGAUGACUCCAAAGGUCUGAUACAGAAACGGGACAAGAGGCUACUCGACUACAACCAGUUUAAGAACAAGAAAGAUCGGGGCGAAAAGCUCGAUAAGAAAAUGACGGAGCGGAUGGAGCAAUGGGAAGCGCUGAAUUUGGAAGCGAAGGAGAGGAUGAGACGGCUGAUAAGAUCGACCGCCGACCUCGUGAAUUCGUGCCAGGGGUGUCUUGUUCAAAUCCACCUCGCUUGGCAGGAUCUAGUAAAACGCAAAUUGUCGGCAGCCAUGGAAAUUGACUCGGACAAACUCGAUGAAGCCGACAUUAUCAGGGAAUGGCAGGAGGACUUCGACUACCAUGAAGCUGCUGCUUUGACGUUGAGUAUCUGCAAUGGUUCGCUGCUGGCAGAAGCGGUUAAUAUGGUCUCAUUUUUGACUCCUGGAUCGACUUUGGCCAGCGAUGACUCGCCACGGCAGCCGUCGUGGAACAGUAUGACCAAACGAUCUGUCUCGGGCAGCGAAGAAUUUCACCAGUAUUCUCUAGGAGAGCAACAGUUCCGCACCAGUGGAGGGCCGCUUGGCUUCCAGCCCGACGAUCCUAGCGACCGAAGCUCCUUCACGUUCGUCAACGGUCGGAUUCGUGCGACCUCGGCCACUUCGGGACGACUACCAAGGACUCCUGAGAUGGCUAGUCGCGGUUUCGCUGGGUCUGUUCAUACCGCCAACAGCACCAAUGUUUCUCGUCCCGGAACCAGCCCAGGUCAACCACAAGACCCCCUUGGUUCAACUCCUCGGCUGAGUCUUGAAGCACCCUCGCCCUCACUUGGCCCUAUCAUACCCGAGUCCCCCAUGGACACCAGGCACGCAUCGACGUCAACGUUCUAUUCGGCAGCCGCUGGACCCAGUCAGUCGCAGCCUAACCUUUCGCAUCCGAAUGGGGCAAGCAUCUUCUCAAUGACACCUCCGAGGGGACGUGAUAGUGAUGAACUAGGAGGGCGGGAGCCGGGUAAUGGCCGCCGAGAACCGGGGGUCUUGUUCACUGCAGCGAGCGUCUACGAAUUUAAUAUCGACCGGUCCCGACAACAAGGUGGGUUCCGCUACCUGACUUAUGUCACUGGCGAAAUCUUUGAUGUCAUUGCCGAACAAGGAGAACUCUGGCUCGCCAUUAACCAAGACGAUCCUACGAGAGAGAUUGGCUGGAUCUGGAAUAAACAUUUCACGAAACUGACCGACUGA